UGACCAUAGAUGACUUUCUCUCGUACCACAGGAAAACGGGCUUAUUUUAUCCUUCGCGGAGUGACUUUGCCACCAUUGUUCCCGAAGUCCCCUUAUCCCCACGGGUACAAACACACAAUGGUAGGCGCUAUUUCAGUAACCCACCCAGCAAGCACCAUUUUAUCAUCUCGGACAUAUAGUCGAAAACGUGGAAACAUAUUAUUAUCAGGUAACAAACCACGAACAGUUUCAAUGUCUCUCAGAAAUGGAAAUAGCAACAAACAGCAGCUAGAACGUGAAAGGCUAUACCUCGGAUUGGACUUUGGCACUUCCGGUGCCAGAUUUGCCGUUAUUGACAUCGGCGGCACAAUUCAGGCCGAGGCAAAGAGACACUAUCCACUUUACUCGAAUGGAGAGUCACGUGAUUGGGUACGUUCAUGGAAGGAGACACUUUUUUUGUUGCUUGAAGAUAUCCCACUUAACCUUCGCAAACACAUCGUGUCCAUUUCUAUUGAUGGUACAUCUGCAACUACUAUCAUUGUUGAUAGUGAUACAGGAGAGCCGUUGUGGAGACCUUUUCUUUACAAUGAGAGUUGUCCUGAAGUGCUACCUGCUGUAAAAUCUAUUGCACCUCCAAACCAUACAGUAUGCUCUGCUACGUCGACUCUGUGUAAGCUUGUCUCGUGGUGGAAUCGUGGUGGUUUGAAUGAAAAAUCUGCUCUGUUGUUGCACCAAGCAGAUUGGCUUUUGUGGCUUCUUCAUGGAAAGCUUGGAGUUUCAGAUUAUAAUAAUGCGCUGAAGGUUGGUUAUGAUCCUGAAGCUGACUCAUAUCCAUCAUGGCUAAUCUCUCAACCCUACUCGCAUCUUUUACCUUCGGUUGUUGCACCAGGAACUCCAAUUGCUUGUUUAAAGGAGGAACUUAGAAAUAAAUUUGGUUUUCAAAAGGAGUGUGUUGUGUGCACCGGAACCACAGACAGUAUAGCUGCAUUUCUUGCAGCUCGUGUUACUCAACCUGGAAAAGCUGUCACUUCAUUGGGUUCAACACUUGCUAUUAAACUAUUAAGCAACACAAGAGUUGAGGAUUCUCGGUUUGGGGUGUAUAGUCAUCGCCUUGAUGAUAAAUGGCUUGUUGGUGGUGCAUCAAACACUGGUGGAGCUGUUCUUAGACAGCUAUUCACCGAUGAUCAAUUAAAGAAACUGAGUGAACAAAUAAACCCCUCGCAAAUAUCUCUUCUUGACUACUAUCCUCUUCCAAAAGCUGGUGAAAGAUUUCCAAUUGCAGAUCCAGAUUUGGCUCCAAGUCACUAGCUGCUGAGAGACUUCCACUUCCGCUGCUACAGACACACACCCAAUCAUUAGAACCGGAGGCCGGUGAUAUACCAAGAUACAAAGCGCCACCCUUUCACCAUUGGUUUUCAUCGCUGUUUGUUUCUCCUUACUCGAUUCUCUUCCUGAUUCUGUUGGGACAACUUUCAGUGUCUGGGUCAGGGUUCCUUUGUUGUUUUUUCAUUGUGAACGUGUGUAGGAGGUCCAUUGCUGCACUGUUUUUGGUCUUUUGUCACUAAGACUGCAUCCCAAGGUCUCCAGGUUCAAUAUUUGGGUCCUUGGUCACUCUGUUAUUUGUAAUGGAUUUUUACAAAUUUCCCAUCUAUGCUCACUCUCAAACUUCACUAACCCCAAAGAAUCAAAGAGCUUUCAUUAGAACUUUGUAAUCAAGGAAUUUGAAAUGAGAAUUAUGAAAAUGUUAGUUCUAAAAUAAUGAAUUUUUACUUAUAUAUGCAAAGAAAAUAAAGAAAGGUGCAUUUCAAAAAAUUCAGAUUAACAGAGCUAGAUUCAAAUCCCAUUCUUGGAUUUGAAUCCAACAGGUUAGAAAAGGUUUUCAGUGUGUUUUUUAUUAUGGGAUCCAAAUCAUCAUUUUGAAAUUUUUACCAUUUAAAUCUAAGCUAUCAGAGGCAAAGCAUGCAUAAUGAAUUUACUUAUGGAUUCAAAUCCAGGGUGGCAGGAACCAAUUUCAGUAUAAAAAAAUGUUACUGGAUUCGAAUCCAAAAACUAGGAUUUGAAUUUAAGGUACCAGAAACAUAAAAAACUUUUUUAUUUCUUUUUCAUGAAAUGCAUUUGUUAAAAAUUUCUUUUUGAUUAUUGGGCAUUAAGAGUUAUUGAGAGACACAAUUACAUUAAUCUUACACUAAAUCUAGUUUUGAUAUCAUUCAAACAAAUCCUAUUCUAGAAGGAACAUAAACUCACACUAACAAAUCCUAUGUAAAU